GGCUGUCUCCCGCGCAGUCACUUUGCGCCAAGUGCGCGGCCGCCGCUGGGGGAGGGGGAGACUCACGUAAGCAGCCGCGGAAGGAGCUGGACCUCAACAGCAACCCCCACAAUUAGACACCGACAUUCCCUCCCACCCCCACGGCCUGUCCUCAUUCACGCAAGCAACGGGCCCGACAUGGCCGGAGCCCUAAUGCUAUCCGCCGUCCGAAGCAAUCAUAGAAGAAGGAACCGGCGGCAGGUUGGCUAGGCCCGUAAUAGGCCUCGCCACAUACUCGGAGCAGGGAACGUUUCGUCCUUUUAUCCCCGCCGAACGUGGAUUUCUUCUGUUUGAGUGCAGGAGACCCCGAGGCCGCCAGACAGUGCAUCACUAGGACACCAUUUCCCUCCUUUCCCCUUCUCUUAGUCUCCGUUACUCGGCCUCCUCUGCUGUUGCCGCUGUCCCUGGACUCCCACGUCCUCUCAGUGGGGGUAAAUCCCCAGGAAGGUGAAGUCAACCUCCAUUCCCUCGGAUUUCCUCCCAGGGUCCAGCUGCCCUCCUAGGAUCUUUUAUUUGUUGUCUAUAACACGUUAAAUACCGCGGGCGGGGUGGUUCCUCUGCUCCUGUCUGGAUUGUCUGUGGGGCACCAUCAUGGAGACCAAGACGAUCGUGUACGAUCUGGACACCUCUGGGGGUUUAAUGGAGCAAAUCCAAGCCCUGUUGGCACCCCCAAAAAGUGAGGAAGGCGAAAAGAAAAGCAGAAAGCCGGAGAAAGAGCCACGGAGAAGCGGAAGAGCCACCAACCAUGACAGCUGUGAUAGCUGCAAAGAAGGAGGGGAUCUGUUGUGCUGCGACCACUGCCCGGCUGCCUUCCAUCUCCAGUGCUGCAACCCCCCUUUAAGCGAGGAGAUGCUGCCCCCGGGGGAGUGGAUGUGUCACCGCUGCACCAUUCGCAGGAAGAAACGAGAGCGUAAGAAGGAGCUGGGCCAAGUAAAUGGCCUGUUUGAUAAGUAUGGAAGGAGGACGGUGUCGCCAACCAGUGACUUGGAUUUCUCGGAACGUGCUGCUGGCAGCUUCCGGGCUCUUGCACAAGCCAGGAUGCUGGAGAGAAGAGUGAGCCGUCCUGGCACCCCUACAUCUAGUGCCAGCACCGAUACUCCCAUUUCCGAGCAGAAUGAUGUGGAUGAGGACAUGAUCGAUGUAGACGAUGAGCCCCCUUCUCUGGAAGCAGAGUAUGGACAUUCUCAGCUCAAAAGACCCUUUCAGCUCCUCAUUGCUGCUGCCAUGGAGAGGAAUCCUACCCAGUUUCAGCUGCCCAACGAACUUACCUGCACCACAGCACUUCCAGGCACCAGCAAACGGCGUAGGAAAGAGGAGAUGACCGGAAAGAAUGUAAAGAAAGCACAGCACGAGUUGGACCACAAUGGCUUGGUACCUUUGCCAGCUAAAGUCUGUUUCACUUGCAGCCGGAGCUGUCGUGUGGCACCUCUUAUUCAGUGUGAUUACUGUCCUCUCUUAUUUCAUAUGGACUGCUUGGAUCCACCCCUCACUGCCAUGCCCGCGGGCCGCUGGAUGUGUCCCAAUCAUAUUGAGCACAUUGUGCUGAACCAGAAGAGUAUGACCCUGAGUAAUCGGUGCCAGGUGUUUGACCGAUUUCAGGACAGCAUUUCGCAACAUGCGGUGAAGCUGGACUUCCUGAACCGCAUCCACAAAACACACCCACCCAACCGAAGGGUGCUUCCGCAGGCCAGAAAACAUACGGUUAAGGUUCCUGAUGCUAUUAAAGCGCAGUACCAGGCCCCUCCGCAGCUACUGGCUCCUGCAGGAAUACGUGAUGGGGAAUUGAUUUGUAAUGGUGUCCCAGAUGAAUCCCAGAAGCACCUAUUGCACUCUGAGCACUUAGCUAACCAAGCAGAGCAACAAGAGUGGCUCCGUAGUGUGGUUGCACUCCAGUGCAGCAUAUUGAAACAUUUGUCUGCUAAGCAGAUGCCUCCGUCCUGGAUCUCGGACGACGUUAACACGUUGGAUGUCAAACCGGUUAUUGCACCCGAUGGUUCCGUUUCCAAUUCUCACCAGCACACUGAUGGCAAACCCCUUUUGUCUACAUCUUUAGAGCUAUGUCAUAGCAGUCAGUCAACAUCUUUACAGGAAGAAACUACUUAUGUGGGAAAACCGCGCCUCUCAACUACAAGUGGCACCUCAAAUGGACCUGCUGCCACUGAGUCCAAAUCAAAUGGCCCUCACGCUUACAGUGUUAGCCCUAAUGCUACAGAGCAGUUGACUGACCCUCAACGUCUGACAGGAACAGGUAGUGUUAUAUCGGUACAGACUCAGCGACAAGCACGCCCUCGAUCGGGCACUCCUCCAACAUCCUCCAUACUCCCGAACCAUGCGGUGAAGACAGAGAAUACAUUGGGGUCUACAAUAUGUACACAGCGGCUACCAGUGCCUGCUGUCACCCCCCCUAGCUCUUGCACCAGCCCUGAUUUCUCUAGCACUUUGUUACGGAAACCUGCUCAAGCACAAUUUGGCCCUUCGCUUAACCAACUUGACGCCAGGCCAGUGGGAUCCCCUCUAUCCGGUACCAGGGCACUUACACCUCCCCAGGCUGUAGCAGACAUAGUGACCUCGGCUGCUUCUUGUACCUCCAGGCUUUGCGCAGCAACGCCACCUGCAGAUGGUAAAGUCCGGCCUAGCACAUUACUUAUUGAUUGUGCUUCAACUGGUCCUUCAACAGUUAACUCUUCAGCUAUGAUGGAGCUGACCAACUCACUCAGAACAUUGAUGGAUGGAAAUGGAGAAAUCCAAAUAAACUUGUUGGAUGAGAAGCUGGUAAAGUUCCUGGCCAUGCAGAGAAUCCAGGAGAUCUUUUCAGCCAAAGAUCAUCCUGUAGCAAGUGCAGCCCGUCCUCAGCCAGCUCCGUCCCUAAGCAAUCACUUGGAAGCCCAGAAAAAAGAAGUACAGGCCCGGGCUGUUUUCUACCCUCUAAUGAUGGGUGUGGGGGCGCCUGUCAAUAUGUGCUACCGGACGCUCUAUAUUGGCACAGGAGCAGACAUGGACGUGUGCCUUACAAACUACGGUCACUGUAACUAUGUGUCUGGCAAGCACGCCUGUAUUUUUUAUGAUGAAAACACAAAGCAUUAUGAGCUGUUGAAUUACAGUGAACAUGGAACAACUGUUGACAAUGUGCUCUAUUCCUGUGACUUUUCAGAGAAGGUCCCCCCUACCCCUCCCAGCAGUAUUGUUGCCAAAGUUCAAAGCGUAAUAAAGCGCAGUAAAAGCCAAAACCCAGAGCCAGAGGCUGUCAAGGAAGAGGAGGUUAUGCGUUCUAAGGCACAAGGUCCUCAUCAGCAACCGUGCAAUUGCAAAGCUAGCAGUUCUAGCCUCAUUGGGGGAAGUGGAGCAGGCUGGGAGGGAACUGCCCUUCUGCAUCAUGGCAGCUACAUCAAACUGGGGUGCAUUCAAUUCCUCUUCUCAAUCACAGAUUUUGCAACAAGGCAACCUAAAGCUGAGAGUGAUGCCUUGGCACAAGACCUGGUAUUAGAAGACAAGGUGUCUGUGAAGUCACCUCAUCAGGUGCCAGUCUUAAGAUCUAACUCUGUUCCUUAGGAGCCAAACACUAGAACUCUUACGAGACAAAAAACUCUUCCUGAACUAAAACUUUACUCGUCAGAGCAAACAUGUCCAGUGGCCUCCUGGGAUCCCUGUUUUGGCCAGAAAGAGUUUGCACAUUUGCAUGAUAUGAAGAAACAUCACAUUUUAAUUUUUCCCCCCUCUCCUUUGCUCAACUUUUAGGGGCAUUUGCACAUAUAUUUCUAUCAUACAUUUCAUAUAUUAUAAAUAUAUAUAAAUAUAUAUUUUUUUUAUUGUAAGACUCACAGUCCUCCCCAGAGCAGAUUUACCCGGACACGAUCAAAGAGUUGGAAGACUUUCUGCAGACCGUGAAAAGUACAUUUAGAAUUUUUUUUUUCUUCAUGCCAUUGUAAAUUAAUAAAGACAACAACAAACUUGUUCUGUUUUGUGCCAGUGACCAUUCUAUAUAGAACUAUUUUCCUCAGAAUUGUAUUUCUUCUUAAUUUGCAACAUUUAACUGAAAA